AUGCACUGCAAGCCACCUUCAGACCUUACAGACCCAAAGGAUGCCAAGCUUGCCAAGGUCCAGGCACAACUGGCCGAACUUGUGACGGUGGUAAACGAGGAGCGCAAGGCCAGGAAGGAGUUGGAGGCGCAAUUGGCCAAGAAGGAGGCCGAACUGGUGGCAACCGUGGCAACCACCAACAUCCCACCGCAAGCUCCAACUGCGCCGGUCAAAGGCCUCAAGAUUGGUGCCCCCAACAAGUUUGACGGCACUCACGGGGCUAAAGCGGAGGUUUUCAUUAAGCAGGUAAACCUCUAUAUCCUGGCCAACCAACACCUCUUGAGCACCGAUCGUGCCAUUAUGGUCUUCAUUCUGUCCUACUUGACUGGCCCGGCCAGCUUGUGGGCCCAACCGUGGAUGAGGAAGGUAAUGUGCAAGACUGAGACUAUCAAGCAUGACAAUUUUGUCACUCAGUUCAACGCCAUGUACUGCGACACUGAGAAGAAGAAUUGGUGGCGCUAA